AUGGCACAACUCCAGCGGCACUGCCUAGUAACAGUAGGCGCCACCGUCGGCUUCAAGCAGCUGACGGAACAAGUGCUGCAGCCCGAGUUCUGGGAGUUUCUCAGCGCCGAGGGCUUCACGUCACUUCGCAUCCAAUGCGGACCCGACAUUAGCUGGGCAAGCGCCCGCCUGGAUUCUCUGCGGGAUCGCGUGCCGGAGGGGCUGGAGGUUCAUGUUUUUGAGACGACCCCGAAUCUCAUGAUGGAUGAGAUGAUGCUGUGCAAGGCGUGUAGCGGGCUGCGCCGCAUGGGGGUGGUCGUAUCUCAUGCGGGAACUGGGACGAUUCUCGAUGCUUGGAAAGUUGGCCUUCCAGUCAUCGUCGUCCCGAACGAGACGCUGCUGGACAACCACCAAGCCGAAAUGGCCAAGCACCUCGCAAAGGAGGGCUACGCCAUCACAAGCACAGCAAGCUACCUAGACCUUCAAGGAGCAAUCCAUAAGGCAGAUCUCCUUUGGCAAGACAACAAGUCCCGCUGGCCCCCUCACACAGUCAAGCCGCAAAAGGCCCCUGGCGCCCUUCGCCUGUGGGAGAUGCAUCCGCAAGAGGUGGAGAAGGAGGAGGAUGCUCAGAUGAUCAACGACUAGGCGUUUGGCUUCUGUGGUCGUCUGGCCCUAUGGACUGGUUGAGAUGGAUCAUCGGUCCCUGCUACAAAAGAAAUCAAAGCAGCAUCAUGUCAAAUCUUUUAUCUUUGUAAUUUCAGGCACGGCGUUUAGGAUGGGGCUCGUCAGACGCGAGCAUGCCUAUUCUACAUGGGGGGCUAUAAUGACUGGGAAUCAUGUUGCAGAGGCUUCGCAAUGGAAGAAA